GUGAAUGUGGAAAACUACGCUGAAUGGAUCGAGCUUGUGGCGAACUUCACCAUACAGUCGUUAAACUCCUGGCAGUGGGCUGCAGGCAGUGUGUACUACCUGUUGGCACUAUGGUCUAGGCUGGUGACUUCAAUGCCUUACUUAAAGGGUGACUCACCAUCCCUAUUGGAGACAAAUGUGCCCAAGAUUGUCCAUGCGUACCUGACCUCCCGACUGGAUUGUGUUCGCGCUGUGCUCCAAAACGGAAUGGCUGAAGACCCCCUGGACAAUGAGGGCGAGCUGCAGGACCAGCUGGAGUCUCUCCCCCACCUCUUUCGGUUCCAGUAUGACAAGACUUGUGCACUCGUUUGCAGCAUGAUGGACCCCAUUGCCAAGAGUUUUCAAGACUGGUCCACGGGCCAGCCACCAGGUCAAGAUGCGCGGCAACUUGCGGUUUUGGAGGGCCAGUUGACAUGGCUGGUGUACAUAACUGGAGCGGUCAUUCGAGGGCGGUUAAGUACUAGCAGCAGCGAAACAAUGGAAGCACUCGAUGGCGAUCUGUCGGCAAGGGUGUUCCGCCUAUUGGGGGUGAUGGAAAAUGGGCUGCACCAGCAGAGAUUCAGGGAGAGAUCAAGGCAACGGCUGGACUUGGCCGUGCUCUCCUUCUUCCAGAGCUUCCGAAGAGUGUAUGUCGGAGAAACAGUAAUGCAUUCAUCGAAGGUGUAUGCUCGACUGGGCGAGAGCCUCCCAGGCAUUAGGGACCACCUUGCUGUCUUGAACGUAAUAAUGAAAACCAUUGCAAACAACCUGCGAGCAUACGGGGAGUGCGAUGCGCUCAUAGACAACUCUCUAAGCUUGUUUCAGGACUCUGCGGUGGAUGAUGAGCCGGCUGCUCAUAGGGCCUAUCACAGUGAAUGCCUUGCUGCAGCACCACAGCUCUGA